AUGUCAUCUGACACAGAAAAUAAUGCAAUAGAGAGGUCAUCAAAGGAGGAUGAGGUUAUUGAAGAUUUUAUGAAUUUUUUGAUGAUUGUUUUUAUGAAUGAGCAUAUGAAUGCAUCAACAACAUACAAUCGCAGCAAACUUGUCCAUUUAAAGGAAUGUGUCGGUGCUAUCGAUGGCACAUUGGUAGAUGCAUGGGUCUCUGCCUCAAGACAAAAUAUAUUCCGUGGUCGCAAAGCUACGGUAUCGCAAAAUGUACUCGCAGUUUGCGACUUCGACAUGUUGUUCACAUUUAUCAAUUCUGGAUGGGAAGGUAGCACCCACGACAACACAAUUUUAGUUGACUCAAUUACAAGAGCUGAUCUACAUUUUCCACACCCACCCCAUGAAAGAACAUUUGGUGCUCUGAAGAAGCGCUUUCAAAUAUUGCAGUCCAUGCCAAAUUACAUGUCCACAAGACAAGGACCCCUCGUGAUUACCUGUUGUGUAGUGCACAAUUGGAUCCGUUUGCAUGCAGCUAUGAAUCCAUUCUUCAUAGAAGCUGAUAAUGAAAUGGCGGCAGAAACGGCAGCAGACGGGUUUGUUGGAGGCCAAGUUGACUAUGUUGACAUGUCACAACAUGGGUUGACGUACCAAUCGAACUUCAAAGAUGCAAUUGCUAUUGCUAUGUGGCAAAAUCAUGUUGGCCAUGGGUAG